AUGUUGUUCCCGUAUGCUAAAUCAUUGACGCUGGCGCUGGCGUUUAUCAGUGCUACUUCCGCCAUUCCAGUUGAAAAUCAAGAGCCCGAAAAUCAACGGCUUGAAACACGAGCCAAAAAGAAGCUGUCGGGAAAAAUGAUCAUUGGAUAUAUGACUGUUUCUAAAAGCAUAGCUAGAGAUUACAAUAAGCAUGGAACCAUUACUUGGGAUGAAAAGCGCGACCGCAAGUCCGAUGAUCGGCAGCAGACAGGGCCAGGUAUAUAUACCACACCCGUAAGAGGACAACAGGAAGGUGGUAAAAACUCUUGGUAUUGUGUGAUCAAAGCCGAUCGAGCCGCCAUGGAACGUGUUUCAAAGAUCUGGGUGCCUAGAGAAAAUAAGAAGGAACACUUGCAAUCCCUAAUUGGUUACAAUCCAACCCUGUGGUGGCGAAGUGAGGACACCCUCCAUAGUUAUAUUACAUGGAUGGAAGAUUCAUGGGAUUCUGGGAAGACACUGCGCAUGUCCAUCGUUUAUAAGCACCCUGAACAGGUCCAGAUGUCCAUCCCCGAAAACCUGGUCAAUGCGAAAAAUGGCCACAUGGGCUUCACUGCGUUGUGCGUUACUGACCAAGAGAACCUGCCGAAUGAGAAGGUUAAUUAUGAUGAUUGGCAUGAAAAUAUUCAGGGGAGUCGGACAUAA